CAUCGGCGGAAAGUUAUUUACCUUGUCGACAAAAUGACUGACAGAAAUAAAAAGAUAAAUGCAACAGAAGAGACAACUAAAGAGUCAGAAAGACAGUUCUUGGAGAGGACAAAUGUUGGAAACCUGAUGCGGGAUGCCUUGGGAAAGAUUAUAGCCAAUAGACCGGAAGACCCCAUAGCAUUCUUUGCAGAUUAUUUUGACUCCAUUGAAGAUGGGGCGAGUCUCGUACAAAAGGCAGACCAGGUUUUAAAGAUGACCCACUACAGUCGUCCGCUGUUUGAAUCCAAUGUCAGGAUUGCCUAUGAUAUACUCGCUGCACACAAAGUUGCAAAGAAGGUGUAUGGAGUGAAUGGAGUUGUAUUCAUGGACCUUCUGACAGCUCUUAGUAGGAACUUGCCAGACACUGUUGUGACGAAGCUGUUACAUAAGUUGGAGUGUCGUCAACAUGAGGCCAUACAUUAUGAUGUGUUCAAGUCUGGAGUUCUUGCCUGCUGUGUGUUACAAGACUAUGUUAAGCUAGCCGAGCAGUUGUUCCAAUCCCUGGACAUCCACAAAGCAGGAAAAGCCAACAAAGCGUUAUGCGAUGUUGUUGUGGACCAGCUGAACACAGCACUAGGGAGCACACGGACGGACGCACGACGUAUACUGGAGAGUGGAUAUAAUCUCGGAGUUGAUGGGUUGUACUUGGCUUUGGAAAGGGCCAUGAGUAGAAGCCAGCGGAAUGCCUCACUUGAGACAAAUGAACAGUUUGUGACAGAGAUAUGUGAUGCCUUUUUAUGCAAGGUGAAGAAAUUUGGCUGAAAUGGCUCAUACAAGAAGAAUGCCACACGUCCGUGCUGUUUGCGUAACUAUUUAGUGAUGAGUCGGCUAAUAUUUUCCAUAGAGAAACAAAAAUUGUUCGGACUGUGAAAAGUUUGAUGUCAACUGUAAUACUACUGUGUAGGAUGUUUAAAGUGGACAUGAUUGGGUUUGAAGCUUGUUUUUCUCUAAGCCCUUAACAGACAUGCACCCAUAAAAUGUAAAAUGUACAAUUUGCAUUUGCAUUAUUCACAAAUUCAGUGCUGUCACUGUAAGAGUCUGUUCAGUAAUGUUAUGUAUACGAUCUUCCAUAAGUUACCAUUUAAUAAAAAGAUAUGAAGCAAGUUAAGAAUAAGUUAUAAACCAAGCCUUUGAAGAGCUUUAUCACUUUUUCUGCAACAAGUUUGAUAAAAUUGGCAACUCAUGUAAGAUUCUUUUUAUCACAUGACACAUGUAGGCCAAAGAAAAAUGUUAUUUUUCGGUAUAAAGUGUUUUUACGCUAAUUUUUUAGGGCCAAAUGGUUUCAAUGUCAUGUAAUAGUAGUACUACAACAGUGUUAUUUAAGAAAUUAUGUUACGCUUUUAUUAAACCUGAAACAAGGAAUGUCAUGUGAUAAAAAUGGUAUUUUUUUUAAAUGAUUAUCAGUGUUUAUAUGUUGAAGUAUAAAAAUGAACAGUAUAUGUUUAAGUUAUGUAAAUAAAAUGUUGUGUUCUGUUAUAUAAGAUGUGAUAAUGACUUUGGAGUUUGAAAUAAAAGAAAACAAGAUU